UAGCAGCAGCAACAGAAACGGCAAUGAGACGCAGUGUACUCCUCGCUGUGUUGCUCAGCCUGCUGUUGAGCCUUUCGAAAGGAGAAGGCAGUGACAAACCUGAGACAACUUCAGCUCCAAUAACCAGCACAACUGCAGGAGAAGGCAGUGACAAACCUGGGACAACUUCAGCUCCAAUAACCAGCACAACUGCAGGAGAAGGCAGUGACAAACCUGAGACAACUUCAGCUCCAAUAACCAGCACAACUGCAGGAGAAGGCAGUGACAAACCUGGGACAACUUCAGCUCCAAUAACCACCACAACUGCAGGAGAAGGCAGUGACAAACCUGAGACAACUUCAGCUCCAAUAACCAGCACAACUGCAGGAGAAGGCAGUGACAAACCUGGGACAACUUCAGCUCCAAUAACCACCACAACUGCAGGAGAAGGCAGUGACAAACCUGGGACAACUUCAGCUCCAAUAACCACCACAACUGCAGGAGAAGGCAGUGACAAACCUGAGACAACUUCAGCUCCAAUAACCAGCACAACUGCAGGAGAAGGCAGUGACAAACCUGAGACAACUUCAGCUCCAAUAACCAGCACAACUGCAGGAGAAGGCAGUGACAAACCUGGGACAACUUCAGCUCCAAUAACCAGCACAACUGCAGGAGAAGGCAGUGGCACACCUGGGACAACUUCAGCUCCAACAACUACCACAACUGCAGCAAGGAACUUCUGUUAUCCAGAUCCUUGUGGAGAAACACUGGCUCAAUGUCUUUCUUUAAAUACCAGUUAUAGCUGCCAGUGCCCAUAUGGAUUCUACUAUAGCGAAAAGGAUUGUCAUACAGGGAAAACGUUCUCCGGGUUCAUUAUACUGAAAGAAAAAUACAGUGAGGAUGUUUACAAUAUAAGUUCUGCGGAGUAUGAAAAGGUGUUCCAAAAGAUACAAGGCUUUUUUCAGGUUGCCCUCAAGAGUUUAGGCUUAGAACAGACCAUCAUCGUGAAAAUUCAACCUCAGAAUGCACACAGAGAUUCUGAUUCCAUUAAUGUAACAGUGACAAACCUGUUUGUGAAGACGUCAGAUGCAAACAAGAAAAAAAUUAAUGAUGCAAUAAUUAAAGAAAUAGACAGCAAUCCAUCCUAUGACUUCGAGUACAAAGGGACAACCAAUUGUGUUGCUUUUGGCUGUGAUCUGCGAACCACAGAGUGCACAGGUGAGGAGACUCCAGAAUGUGUGUGCAAAAAGGAUUUCUCCAAGACAAAAUGGGAUGUUCGUUCUUGUUCAGAUUGCAGUGAAAACUGUUCUUCACAAGAGAAUGAGUACUGUGCCAUAGAAAAAGAGGUUCCAGUAUGCAAAUGUGCUCCCAGCUUUCAAAGGGAGGGUGAAACAUGUGUAGCCUGUCCAGUGGGCUACUCUGGGGAGAACUGCAGUGACAAUACAGAACUCAGCCUUAUAAUAGUGGGUACCGUGUUGGGAGCUGUUAUCCUGAUUUUAGUUAUAACAGCUGCUGUCAUUUCAGUAAGAGCCAAACACAAAAGAGAUCCAGAGAAGAGGAGUCUGAUAAAGCAAGGAUAUUCCAACUAUGAAGAUGGACAGACCACAGUGUUCCCCAGAGUCCGGACCACUUCUGGCCAUGCAAAUGCAGGUUAUCAGCCAAACAAUCCUUAUGAGAUGCGUUCCACAAAUAGAGGACAAUUUCCAGAGAGGGAUUAUGAGGAUUCGAAGCAGGAAAAGGUUCUGCUGUCAGCAGAGCCCUCAGGGGACUUUGCACAGGUUGAGGCACUGAAAAAAGGGAGAGUUACAGGCAGCACAAAUGGUAAAAAAGCCAUGGAGCUCAGUGUAGAUUUCUACUGUGUUCAGUCAGCUGCUUUUGCUGGGAUACCCCCUCCUCCCCUUCCUUGUAUGGCAGACUGA